UUCACAAUGGCUCCAUUGACUAGCAGAAUUCCAGCUGCUCUUCGCAGCGCAUGCAGACAUUACCCCGCUUCGAGGACGGGACCGAGUAUUAGAGCGAGAGUGGGGUACCAACAUGUCAGGGGUUUUGCCAAUUCGCCGCGAUGGCAGGUCAGGACCAAAGAGAUGAGUGACGAUAUGCUGCGAGAUCUCAAGGUCAACCAGGCAAGGCUGAUGGACGACAUACAUCAUACCUGCCAAUGGGGCAUAGGCGAACGGUGGGGAGAAAAGCCGACAGAAACAGGAAUGGCCCGGCUUGCACUCUCUGAUGCUGACAAGGCUGCACGUGACUGGUUCAUCCAGACUACAAAAGAGCUGGGCUGCGAAGUCACCGUGGAUGAGAUGGGAAACACAUUCGCCGUUAGACCGGGACUGAGAAAUGAUAAGCCACCGACGUUUGUUGGGAGCCAUCUCGAUACCCAGCCCACUGGCGGUCGAUAUGACGGUAUUCUCGGUGUCACUGCAGGCGUCGAGAUGUUGAGGGUCUUGGCUGAAAAUUGGACCGAGACAGAGUAUCCUGUCGGUGUUGUGAACUGGACGAAUGAAGAAGGCGCCCGGUUUCCCAUGUCCAUGGUGUCCAGCGGUGUGUGGGCAGAAUCUAUACCAUUAGAGACUGCGCACAACCUGCGUGAAAUCCACCCAGGAAAGGCGACCAUGAAAUCUGAACUUGAGCGGAUCGGCUACCUGGGAAGUACACCGGCGAGCUACAAGGCGACACCAAUGGCAGCGCAUUUCGAGCUACACAUCGAACAAGGCCCGUUACUGGAAAUGGCGAACAAGAAAGUCGGCGUCGUCACGUCGGUCCAGGCAUACAAGUGGUUCACGAUCAAAGUCAAGGGUCGAGACACGCACACCGGAACCACUGAUCUCAAGUCGCGAGCGGACGCUCUGCUGACAUCAAGCAAGAUGAUACUACACUCUCAUCGCCUCGCCACUGCAAAUUCCGCACUAGCAUCGACAGGCAUAUUGAACUUGAAGCCUGGCUCCACAAACACAGUUCCAGGAGAAGUUACUUUUAGUCUGGAUAUCCGCGCACAAAAAGACGAAACGGUUCAGAAGCUCAAGGAGAUGAUCCUUCGCGACUUCCCCAAGAUCGCUGCAGGCGAAGACGUAGAAGGCUCCAACUACGGUUGCACAGCAGGCCUGCCCCUUACCGUGGAGAUUGUAGAGGACUUUGACAGCCCGGCAACAAAAUUCCAUGUGGAUUGUGUUACUGCUGUCAGCCAAUCUGCACGCAGCAUUGUUGGCCCUAACCUCGCCAUGGAAAUGACAUCUGGUGCUGGCCAUGAUAGCGUAUAUACGAGCAAACGCUGCCCUACGAGCAUGAUUUUCGUGCCAUGUCGAGAAGGUGUUAGUCAUAACCCACGCGAAUUCUGCAAAGAAGAGGAUUGCGCUCUGGGCACGCAGGUUCUGUUACAAAGUGUCAUUAGAUUCGACCGAAUGAGAGAUGAGAGGAGGGUAUCUUGGAAGCAAGAGCCAUACACUUUGUAACGAUCAAAUGUGGGCUACAAGGUAGGGUUUGCCAGGUAUGGGAACUAGAUUGUACUAUAGGCUUAGAUUGGUCAUCUCUAUUCUGGUAAUCGCCAUAUAUUUAUUUGUAAUCAC